GGGAAAGAGGCCGUCGAAGGAAGAGGGUGAGACGGCAAGUAAGAAAGCGAGGAGGCCCGGCGGUUUGACCAUCCACGAAUGACAAGCCAUGGGUGGAGGAGAUUCGGCUAAUCCAGGCGCUGCGGACGCGAGAGAACCUUCGGGGAAAUCGAAACGGAAAGUGGCAGCUGAAGAAGGCGAUGGCGAGAAGAAACCUCGAAGGCGGAAGACUACUGAGGCGGCGAGCGGUGGUGAAGGGCCUGUCGGUGAGGAGUGCAACGAAGCGGCAGCGUUCUGGCUCGAAUACGAGCAGAACGAUGGCGGUGAAAUCGUGGAGAAGGAGCUCCCCGUCCAACUGCUCAUCGACCCUAGGAAGGUCUGCGACAUCCCGCCUUGGGAAAGAUAUUACAACCACCGCAGUCUAAAUCGCGAAACUGUGGACGACAUCAAGGAUGCGAUGCUUAGUCAAUUCCGCGAGAAAAAGGGGAAGAUCUGGACGAAAAACCCUCUGGUUUUGGCAACCAUCGACAAGCCGGUGACGCGUAGGCCGGAGAAAGCUGACAGGGUUCACAAAGAUGUCUUCAAGCCAGUGGACAAGGACAAGUACUACUAUUACCUUGUUAACGGACAACACACCGUGGCUGCUGUGAAGGAGUUGGAGGGUGAGUCAAUAUUCGAUUUGUGGAAGAUGCACUCGUGGCUGGCGAGAGUAGUGUGGUUCUCCGACCGAGAUUUCGCGGGGUAUAGGUAGGUCAGUCUCAACGAGAACACGAGACAUAAGAUGUCUAAGCAGCGAUCGCAGAAGGCCACGUUCUUGGACAUGCGGGAGGCAUGCGAGAAUGAAGGAAGGCCGGUGGC